AUGGAUCCUUUCAUAAUCUCCCAAUGCUGUGUCGCCGACGGCCCCGCUCUAGCCGCCAACAGCAUCCCCGCUUUCUGGGCUGACCCGCACUGGGUCCUGGCCUGGCGCCAUCGCACCCUCGAAUACCACAUUUCGCAGAUAGCACUACGGUUCCCGCGCAACCUGCUCAACAACCGGGAGCGCUUUCGACAUCAGAAAGCAGUGGAUUUGGAGACGGGUCGCAUACUCGGCUAUGCCCGAUGGUGCCUACCACCGUCUACUGAGAUAAACGCAGACGAUGAUACGCUGGUAUGGGCUGAGGCUCAGGUCCCGGCGGUUGAGCCUGAGAAGGAGGCUGAGAUCAGGCGGAUCGCUGAGACUGUUAUCUGGGAUCCUAACGGCGAUGCCGAUGAGCUAGGGGAUCGAGUAACAGCGCUUAAGAAGGAGGUGACGCCACAGACACCGCAUAUCAGUCUGGAAUAUCUUGCUGUGCAUCCGGACAACCAGCGCAAAGGAGUCGGGGCGGCAUUGGUAAAGAGCGGGAUGGACCAGGCCGACAAGCUGGGGUUAAACAUUUUUGUCCACGCUCUCAAAGCAGGAGUUGAGCUGUAUAAGCACAUGGGAUUUCGACUCCUGGCAGAGCUAGUCCAGGAUGACUCUGCUUAUGGUGGUAGUGGGGAGUAUGGUGCAUAUUUCUUCAUCUAUGAGCCCGGAUCAAGAACUGAUUGUUCAUGA